AUGUCGGUACACAAGAUAGACGAAAAAUCUAGCUCAGAGGGUAGCACCGAUUUUGCUCCGGAACUUAAGACAGAGCCAAUUUCACUUACUGAACCCACCCUUCGAGACUAUCUCAUAUACGCUUCUGUAUCUCGCUCAAAUGAGACCAAGCCUUCUGAUGCUCAAAUAGAGGUGGAACAUGCAAGAAAGACCGAACACCAGCGGGAACUUGAUCAAGCCCGUCGAGCUCUCCGAACGGCCACUUGGGUCUCCGUCUUCUUCUUGAUCACAACGGAUAUCCUUGGUCCUUUCAACGCCCCCUUCGCUUUUUCCCAGGUCGGGUAUGUCCCCGGUGCCGUCUUGUACGUUGUUAUGGGUGGCGUUGCUUGUUUUACCGGUCUUCAGUUGUGGAAGCUGUUUUGUCGGCUAGACUCGCACGAGUUCCCUGUGAAGACCUAUGGCGAUCUUGGAGAACGUAUCUUUGGGAAAGAGUUCAAACAUUUUUGCACGGUAUUGCAAUCGUUACAGCUGAUUAUCAACGUCGGCGUUAUCUGCCUUUCUAACGCACAAUCAUUGGAGCAGUUAGCAGCAAAUCACCAGUUCUGUUUCUCCGUAUCUGUCUUGAUCUGGGCCAUCGUUGGCAUGUGUCUUGGUCAAGUCAGGUCGUUGCAAAAAUAUGGAUUCUUCGCCAACUCUGCUGUCUGGCUCAAUCUGUUGAUCAUCUUCACGUCGAUGGGCUUCGUCGCCCAUUCGCCUCCAAAUUUUGCAGCCGCUUUAACGUCGCUCGGUCAAUCCGAAGGACCGGUGCAGACUGCUAAAUUCGUUUCUUUACCUCUAUUUGAUAAAGUCAACGGUAUAAUGCAGAUGGUCUUUGCAUACGGAGGUGCCAUGAUCUUCCCCGAAUUUCUGGCUGAGAUGAGAAGGCCAAUGGAUUUCUGGAAGGGAAUGAUCUGUGCCCAACUGCUGAUUUGCACUGCGUACUUAAUGUACGGCUUGUUCGUAUAUUCCUUCCAAGGCCAGUUUACUCUUCCUUUGGCAUACCAAGGGGUCAGCAAACAAUCCUGGCAAGACGUCGGAAACGUAUUCGCCUUAAUUACCGGAAUCAUCGCUGCCGGUCUAUAUGGGAAUAUCGGAAUCAAGGUGGCAUACUACAGUAUCAUUGAAGAUUGGUUCAAAGGACCGGCCCUUACUAGUCGUACUGGCCGUUUCAUCUGGACAGUCAUGGUCUUCAUAUACUGGUCCCUUGCUUUCGUUGUCGGUUCCGCUAUUCCUCAGGUAGCAUCAGUUUCUGGCGUUGUUGCGGCCAUUUGUAUCAUGCAAUUUUCAUAUACGUUCCCGCCUCUCAUGAUGUUGGGCUACAAGAUGAAAAUCGCAGCUGCUGGUUUAAUUGCAGAGGACUCGCUUGCCAUUGGUGAUGUUAUAGAUGCAAACACCCCUUCAAAGGAUCCCGGAGACACUUGGAUGCAGUGGUCGAGGUGGAAGAGGGGUUUCUUUGGUGGCACAUGGUAUUACAACUUGUUCAACCUCAUUUUGUUUUUGGCAAGUCUCUCCAUGGCAUGCUUAGGCAUGUAUGGAUCCGGAACUGCAAUCAAAGCUACGUUCCAAUUGGAAGGUGCAGCUACAUCUUUUGGAUGCCGCUCUCCUGUAUGA